AUGAUUUAGUAAACAAGUUUGAAGUUAAAAUGUUAAGAAGAUAACCAUAAGGAAGAGAUUGAUUUUAUUUGUUAUCAUGAGUUUUGUACAGGAUUUCGCUUAAAUUGUUUUGAUUGUUUUAAAAAGGGAAUCCAUCAUAAUCAUUCUGAUGAUGUAAAAAAAGUCAGCAGUUUGAUUUCAUUUAUUGAAAGUAAAAAUAAAGAGUGUGACAAUUUGAUUGAUGAUCUUAAUAAAUACUUUGAAAGCCUGAAUCAAUCAUUCUCUUAAUUAAUUAAAGGAAUCAGAAAUAAAUAUUCAUUUGUAUAAGAAAGAUUAAUGAAAAUGAAUUCUUACUAAAUUAAUGAUUAUUUGAAUUCAUCUAUCAAGUUAACAGAAUAUAAAUAAUCUAUUUCAAAAAUAAUUUAAGAAUAGAUUAAGAAAUUAAAUCAUUCAUUUAAUAAUUUAUAUGAAUAACUCUAAUUAUCAUCAUUAAAUUAUCAUUAAAGUGAUGACAAUAAUAUUAAACUCGCUGAAGAUCUAUGCAAAUAAGGUUAACAAUUAUAUUAUUAAGGAAAGGAUAAUGAGGCUUUAGAAAAAAUAGAAAAGUCAAUUUUAUUGAAUCCAAAUAAUGAGGAUUCUUUAUGUUAUAAAGGUGCAUGCUUAAGGAUGCUAGGUAAAUGUGAGGAUGCAAUGAUUUGGUUGGAAAAAGCAUUAGCUAUUAAUCCAAAGCACUUUGAUUCUUUAAGGAAUAAAGGUGCUUGUUUAAGAAUGUUAGAUAAAUACUAGGAUGCAAUCACUUGGUUUGACAAAGCAUUAACUAUUGAUCCGAAACAUGUAUUUUCCUUAAGUGAGAAAGGUGCUUGUUUAAAAAUGUUAAGAAAAUACUAGGAUGCAAUCACUUGGAUCAACAAAGCAUUAGCUAUUGAUCCAAAUCAUGUUAAUUCCUUAUGUGAGAAAGGUGCUUGUUUAAAACUGUUAGAUAAAUACUAGGAUGCAAUCACUUGGAUCAACAAAGCAUUAGCUAUUGAUCCAAAUCAUGUUGAUUCGUUAAGUGAGAAAGGUGCUUGUUUAAAAAUGUUAGAUAAAUACUAGGAUGCAAUCACUUGGAUCGACAAAGCAUUAGCUAUUGAUCCAAAUCAUGUUAAUUCCUUAUGUGAGAAAGGUGCUUGUUUAAAACUGUUAGAUAAAUACUAGGAUGCAAUCACUUGGAUCAACAAAGCAUUAGCUAUUGAUCCAAAUCAUGUUAAUUCCUUAAGUGAGAAAGGUAGAUUCCUUCAUCGUUAUAUUAAUAGGUGCUUGUUUAAGAUUGAUGAAAUAAUAUGA